AUGCUGUAUCCGUGUCUGGGUAAAGCCCUUGGCCAGUGGAGGGCCGUGACCCUGGCCAGCAGAGACAUGCGGCGCCGCGCCGAGCUCCACACGCACACACACCAACACACACUCCUCAGACAGACCUUCACUACCUGGAGAACAGCGAUGGGGGAAAAGUGGAGGGCAAUAGAGCACUGGGAGCGUGCCUUGCUGGUGCGCGGCGUGUGUGCGUGGAGAAGGUGUGUGCAUCAAAGGCAGAGGACUUUGGCUUUCAAGGAGAGGGCAGCACUCUUCCACUGCACACAACUCCUCAAAGCUACCUUCUCCCGGUGGAGAAACCAGUGUGUGUGGUGUCCGCCAGAGGUGGAGGCUCAGCUGCAAAGGAAAGGGGCGUGGCUACAGAGGUCAGGGGUCAAGCGUAGGCUCAGCUGGAGCUUCAGGCUGUGGGCCGCUCGAAGCAGACAGCACCGCGCUGUCAACGAUGUAUAUGCACACACACUGCUGAGCAGGGUGUUUGAAGCGUGGCAGGUGUACGUCCGCUGUCGCCGGCAGAGGGCGCUGGAGGCCAAGACGCAGUGUGAGAGGAGCGUGUGUGUCCGAGCGUUCUCCCGGUGGAGAGAGAGCGCCGCUCAGCAGCAGAGGGCCGUCCUCACCGCAGCACACGCCACACACACACUCGCCAUCACCUGUCUAUGGCACUGGAACACACACACCCAGCAGUGA